AAAACAAUCAGUUGGCGAAUAAUUUGAACUUAAUUUAAGUGUAACAAUCAUAUUUGCAAAAUGUUUAUGACGCCGGUAUUAACAAUAUUUUUAAUUUCGAUUGGUUUUACAAUCGCUUACGAUUUUAGUGACAAUGCAUUUAAUAACUUUUUAUACGAGCAAAUCACUUUUGCAACGGAAGAUAAACAAUCCUUACAACCUUUUACUACAAGAAGUCGUCGAGGAAUUGACCAUCAUAUGGAAAAAUGUAGUUUUCAUUCAAAAAUAAAUUGUUGUGGAGAAGCUGAUGUAGAAUUGCCGGAUGAUCACAAAGCUAUAAAAGAAAAAUGUUUUGCUGAACAUUUUCCAAAAUCAGAAGAUCAUAAACAUGAUCCAUUUUCAUGUGAAAACAUAAAAGCAAUGAAAAACAAAGUAGCUUGUGCUAUGAAUUGCAUUGCCGAAUCACAUAAGUUGAUUGAAAACGGUGAACUAAAACCAGAUACGCUGAAAUCCAUGAUGGAAUCCGUAGUAAAAGACGAUUGGCAAAAAUCAAUGAUUGCACCCGUAGUUGAUAAAUGUAUACCAAUAGCAAACGAUUUUGCUGCAGAACAUCCUGCAGAAGAUGGUGGUUGUUCCGUACACGCAAUAAAAUUGUUCCAUUGCUUGUGGCGUACAUGGCAAUUAGAAUGUCCAGCUGAUAAAUUACAAUCGACCCCAUUGUGUACAAAAUUAAUAAAAAUAAUUAAAGAAAAUACCCAUUGAUUUUUAUGACGAAUUAUUUUCGAUAAUUAUAUUGUAAAUUUAAAAAUAUUCAUGAAUAAUAGCCAUU